AACAAACACUUGAUUGUUGCGUGUCUUUAUUGGGGUCGAAGACUUGAUGCCCUUUCCUACCAUAUCACAUCUAAACAAUGAACAAGACCGGAAAUUUCCAGGAAGUCAACAUCUUUUACCCUGCCACCAGAGUCUUACUCUUGUUUCUUCGACAGUUUCUUCACAAAACAACGGCGGUGUUUUUCUUGUUUCUCUCUAUCUUUUUGUUUGUUUAUAUCUGGAGAUUCAUCAUACGAAACCGUCAUAUAUCUCCAUCGCCAUCUACUCCUUCCACCUUAACCACCGCCCAGCCACAAGGAAUUAAAUAUGAUGUCUUCCUUAGUUUCAGGGGAGAAGACACUCGUGUUGGUUUUACCAGCCACCUCCAUGCUGCUUUGGACCGGAAACAAAUCCUAACUUUCAUAGAUUAUCAGCUUGUGAGAGGAGAUGAGAUCUCGGCAUCACUUCUGAGAACAAUUGAAGAGGCCAAGCUUUCUGUGAUUGUUAUUUCUGAAAACUAUGCAUCUUCCAAAUGGUGCUUAGAGGAGCUUGCAAAGAUUAAUAUUGAGCGUAGAAGAAAUAAUAGACAGAUAGUUAUUCCAGUAUUCUACAAGGUGGAUCCAUCCCAUGUAAGAAAUCAAACAGGAAGCUUUGGGGAUGCAUUUGCUAGACUUAUAAAGAAGAAAGCUUUGACGGAUGCAGCCAAUCUAUCUGGAUGGAGCUUAGGGAAGUCUGAGUAAGCUCUUGAAAUAUAUCCCAUAAAAAAAUAUUCGUUCAUUUGUUGAGGAUUUGAAAUUUAAUUUAAAAUUAUUGAGAAUGAUGAGCUCUGUGAAUCUAUAUUUAUUUUAUUUGAUUUUGAAAACGUUGUAGCGAAACACUUGUACAGAUCUUAAGCUUUAGGAGACAGAAAGCAGAUACUUAUGAAUCCUUAUAUUAAAUUUUAUCAGGACAAUCAAUGUUUUCUUCGA